UCUGCGUAUAUAAUCUGCAGAGAAAGAAAAGAGAAGAGAAGAGAAGAGAGAGAGAGGAACUCUGAAAAACAGAAGAGAUGGGUAUUUCCCGGGGGUUACGUUGUUCUCUCUCAUUCCUUCUAUUCCUCGCCUUCGCCUCCGUGGCUACUGCAGCCCUAAACGUCAGCACCAUUCCAUUCCACGAAGGUUACAGUCCUCUUUUUGGUGAUUUUAACAUCCACCAUUCACGGGAUGGCAAGAGCGUCAACCUCCACCUCGAUCGAUACACCGGCUCUGGUUUUAUUUCCUCAAAUCUCUACAAUUAUGGUUUCUUCAGUGCCAACAUUAAGCUUCCCUCUGAUUACACCGCCGGCGUUGUUGUUGCCUUCUACACGUCGAAUGCAGAUGUGUUCGAGAAGACACAUGAUGAGCUUGAUAUAGAAUUCUUAGGAAACAUACGUGGGAAAGCUUGGAGGUUUCAGACGAAUGUGUACGGGAACGGAAGCACCUUCAGAGGACGGGAGGAACGGUACUAUCUAUGGUUCGACCCCACCCAGGAUUACCACCGCUACAGUAUCCUCUGGACCAAACAGAACAUCAUCUUCUACGUUGACGAGGUUCCAAUUAGGGAGGUGGUGCGCAGCGAUGCUAUGGGGGGUGACUACCCGUCGAAGCCCAUGCAACUAUAUGCAACUAUAUGGGACGCAUCGACUUGGGCCACUUCCGGUGGGAAGUACAAGGUGAACUACAAGUAUGCACCUUUUGUUGCGGAGUUCAGAGACUUUGCCCUCCAAGGUUGCCCCGUUGACCCCAUCCAACAAGUUCCCAAUGUCGGUUGCUCCGAAAAGAUUGCUGAAUUGGAGAAAGCCGAUUAUGCCGUCAUAACCCCAGCACGACGAUCGGAGAUGAAGAAGUUCCAACAAAAGUACAUGUACUACUCUUAUUGCUAUGACACUCUCCGAUACCCGGUUCCCUUGCCGGAGUGUGUUAUCGACCCAUUGUUGAAGACAAGGUUCAAGAACACCGGCAGAGUGAAAUUUGGCGGUCACCACCAUCGUCAUCAUUCGAAGAAGAGCCGGCAUCCCUCAUCGGCGGGUUCGGACAACCAAGCCGAUAUGUAAUAUGAGUCAUGAUGUGUAAAUGGGAUGUUGUUUA